CCAAUCACAUCAUUGGCAGGAACGUUUCGGUUUUCAAAAGUGAAGUAACUGGCGUGGAGAUGUUUACACAGAUAAACGCGUUAAAUGGAUAAAUUAUUAAUAAUAAAAGUUUUUAAAACUUAAUAGGGCUAAAAUGGAUGGUAAAAUGAUUGGACCUGGGCCUUAUAGGGCGACGAAACUGUGGAAUGAGACCAUCAUGCUCUUCCGUGGUGGAAUGCCUGUCAGACGUCACUGGGCUCAUUUCAGGAGUUACGAUCACAGUUUCACCGGAGCUGAGGCUGUCGACUUCCUCCACGAUUUGCUCAGACAAAACCAGAACUUCGGGCCGGAGGUGACGCGCUUCCAAACACUCCAGUUACUCCGGAAAUUCCUCAAAAAUCACGUCAUCGAGGACGUCAAAGGACGGUUUGGUAAAGAGGACUUUGAGGACAACGGGCAUCUAUACAGAUUUCCUCCACAAUCUCCUCUGAAGCCUGUUCCUGUGCGUCCACCUAUAAGAGAUCAUAUCUCAGUUCCCAGAAUCCCACACUGGGACGACUAUGAGGAGAUCUCAGUGCCGGAGAAGGUCCCCAUGAAGCCUCUUAUGAAUUCAGAGUCGUGGAAUAAGAGGCACAGCAUUGCCAUCGGUGAGGUGCCGGAAUGCCGAUUAGUCCGGAGGAGAGAGUUAACCCCGAAACACGUGGACCAGAUAUGGAAGUCAAUGACACUAACACAUUUACAGACUGUUCUGGGUCUCCAGUCUCUGGACGGGGUUCUAGAUGCCAAACUUCUGAGCUCGAAGCACAUCGUUCACAAUGUGUUUGGCGUUAAUAAGCAGGGCAUUGUUGUCCUGAAGAACAAAACAGAGGACUUGCCUCAUUGGGUGUUGUCUGCAAUGAAAUGCCUGGCAAACUGGCCCAAUGGCAGUGAUGCCAGGCAGCCCAUGUAUCCAGGGUUUGAGAGAGACGUCUUCAGGACGGUUGCAGAACAUUUUCAGAGACUGAAAGAACCACUUUUGACGUUCCAUCUGUAUGAAAUAUUUGUCAGUAUUUUGGGGCUUCUGCAGCGACAGUCGGUUGCAGUUGAAGCGUUGCAGGUCUGCUUCCUCCUGCUGCCUCCGGCCAACCGGCGUAAACUGCAGCUGUUAAUGCGUCUGAUAGCUAAAGUCUGUGCCAACCCCUCACUGCCCCCUCUGAACGACACCAUAGGAGCACGAACUCUGAUGGUCCAGACCUUCUCGCGGUGCAUUCUGGGAUCUGCAGAUGAGGUGGACUUGGAUGAGCUGUUGGCCACAAAGCUGGUCACGUUUAUGAUUGAUAACCAUGAAAGUGUGCUGAAGGUGCCGUCCAACCUGCGAAAAUCUGUCGAGGAGCAUCUGUCCCACCUCAGAAGAGCUCAGAUAAAGUACGCCGGUGCAGACACAGACGCUUCCAUGGCGUCUCCGCCUCACUCGUUCUGUAGACAGAUCAGCCGAGAGGAGUUUGAGCAGCAGAGGGUCUCUGGAUCUCAGGGUGCCAUCGUGGAACUGCUGGAGAGCAUCAUACAAGACAAGAACAUGUCCAUUAAAGACAAGAAGAAGAAGCUGAAGCAGUUCCAGAGAUCUCAUCCCGACAUCUACCGUAGACGCUUUCCCACCGCUGAAAGUGAGGCGGCGCUUUUCCCAGAGAGACUGCCGAGACUCAAACCUCAGCUGAUGUUCCUGACGCUGAAGAAACCCUUCCAACCCUUCCAGAGGAGCUGGAGCUUUCGGGCUUGAGACUGAUGGGAAGUGUUACUAUCAAGGAGAGAUGUUACUGAUCAGUAAAGGUGGUGCUAUGACAUCCUAAAUCUACAUAACACCAAAUUCACCUCAUCAGCCAUCAGUUGACUGAAUUGUUGGAUUCAUUAAAGUAUAAUGCUAUGCAUUGGAGCCCUUUAAGGCGAGACACUACAGGCAAAACCGGUGUUUUUUCAUACUAGUGGAAGAAAACAUCCAAAAUACACAUUUAAGUGUUUAUUUUAUUCAUCUCUUUGCAUCUGUAGAUUUCAAUUACAAUGCAUUUAAAGGUCGCUUUCAUCGAGUUUAUGUAUGCAAAUUAUUCCAUAUGUAAGUAGAUCAUGUCUAAUUUACAUAUUUAAAAAUAACAUUUCUGAAAACGUGUUUUCCUAAUGUACUUUGAUUAACUGUGGAAAGUAUAAUAAUAUCUAUAAGUACAUUUUCCCCUGUUCACCUGUAGUGUCUUGCUUUAAGAAUGGGCCUGAAAAUAAUAAUAAAACGAUUUAUCUAUAAAGUAGAAUGUUAUUAUAACCAGAAACGCGGCAUCCAUAGUGUUUGUUGUUUUUUAUUCGUUUGAUUUAAAUAAUCUGUAACAUUUUCAAUCAGUUGCGUUCUAUUUUUAACGAGCUGUAAUUCGUUUAGUUUUACCUCCAGCUGCAGGUGUCGUCUAACAGCUGUUCAGUUCUCAGUUCUGCUAAAUCAUGUUGUCACUGAGUUUAACAUUAAUUUGUGCUGGUCACUAGAAAAUGGCUUUUGAUUUUAUACUUAGAUUUAUAAAUGCUGUCAGGUAGAUCUCAGUGUCACUACAACUACUGAUACAGGCGUUAUUUUUAUACUUAUUCGUUCUCUGUUUUGUGGGGUUGUAAGUUUGUAUGUGGUUCUCUGUUAGUUCAUGUUUCUUUGGUUCUUUUUGUUUGGUUAUAGUUUGUUUAACACAUCACGUAGCACUAAAGAAAACCUUCACAUUGUAUUACUUGACUAUUUAUAAUGGUACUGUAAGUAUAUCGUUCAAUACAUACCAUUUAAGGCUUCCCGGAUAUUUUCUGUAAACUGGAUUAAGCCAGGCAGCUUUUACAUGCGUUUCUAAAAUGAUGGAUCGCAAACUUAAUGUACGAUGCUGGAUGAAUUUAUCAUCUAAUUCAGUGUUUAUUUCAAAAGUUUUGUGUCUCCAGCGUUUUGAUUUUGUGCAAAUUCUGGAGUUAUUGUUACUGAUUUGGACGUCUGCACUGUGAUCACAAAUACUGAAUUGAAAAAAUAAAUCUAUAUAAUUAUA